AUGGCAGCAUCGCCUUUCGCUCGGCACUGGGUGCCUCAAGAUUGGGCAAACUGCACAACUCCUACAUCGGCCUCGCUUUUGGUGCCCCCACGGCCUUCUGAACGCGCAAUGCUUGUCAUGCUGCAGUUUUCUCCAAUCCCCAGUCAACCCACAGCCAUUCAGACGCACGCUAUGGAGGACGCAUGUCUAUUCCAGCCGCAGAUCAACCCACGCAGUAGGCGCCUUGCCCGGCAUGCGCCGACGCUCCGCGAGCGCCAGGAACAAGAUGCGCAGCGGCGGUCUGCUGGUCGUGAGGACCACGGCGAGCAGCCACAGCGAGGAGCACCAAUGCCGAGCCCCGGGCCAGAGGCUUUCGCUGGGGACACUGAGAGCGACAUUGUAGAGUCCGUGUGGGGCCUCUGGCGCAGCGUGGCGAUCAGGGAGGCGCGCGAGACCGAAGCUGCCUUGGUGCGCCGCGUGCCUUCCGUGAACGACGACGACCGGCUCCUACAGCGUCGGCCGCGCGUGGUGUACGUAACGGCGGUGCUUGGGAUGCUAAAUGCACUCGGCAUCACCUCACCCCGGCACGAUGCCCUGAUCGCCAAGUUUCUCAAGGCAAUGGCAGUCGAAGGAGGCGCCUCGGAAGCCACCAAGCGAGACGAAGCGGUCGACGCGGCGCGGUUUGUGUACGUCUUCUCAACAGUCUGGCGGGCAGCCGUCACACACCGCACGCCGCGGUCUCCUGUCUCGACGCGAGUAAGCGCGCCGCCGCGUUCGCCACCUGCGGCACAGCAGCACGGCAACUCCCCCGAUGGAGCAACAAUGCGCCACGCCUACUCUAGGGAAGUCUCAUGCCGAGGGGCACCACCGUCACACAUGAAGGCGGCGCCUGCGACAGAGGUGGGCAGCAGCGGUGGCAGCGGCUCUGCCGUGAGCGCAAGGUCAUCGUCCUCACCCUCCGCCGUGUGGAGUAGUAGCGAAGGUGGCGAGGGAGCGGCACACUCGCACACAGAGAGCGCAUCGCCGCUCACCAGCUGCGGAGGUGGUGACGAAAGGAGAAGUGACGCAGCGGAGAGCGACGCCGACUUUCUGCGCACCAACAUCUCCGACGCGUCGUCCAGUAUCCCAGACUCCUCGGAGAAGCCGCAGGCUGGUGUGCGCAGCGAGGAACUGUCGCCGAUGUCCGUGGAGCCGUCGGCGGGGCUCGAUCCCAGUCCGGAGCCGUGCAACCCAGGCGAGCCAGUCAUCAUCACGUCAGCCCGCUCUAGCGUCACACCCCGCACCCAUCACUGCUCUCCGUUCGCCGCGGCGUCGCGGCUGGGCAGCGCGUCCGUAUCACGCAGUCGUCGCAUGAGUUCCUCCUUGCGCGUAAUACCGAGUGACUCGCAUCUGCUCUCGAGCACCACUAGCAGGGAACUCAAGAGGGCGACGAAGCGCGUGCCUGGCGGGCUGAUGCGCGAGUGCACCUUCAAGCCUGUCAUCAACUCCGUCUAUGAGCAGUCGCCUGUUAGCUUCAGCAGCACAGCUAUCGUGCAGAAGCGGAAGCCCGCGUCGACCGCGCCGCCCACCUUCCAACCGAACACGCAGCAGUUUCACCAGGCGCGCGACAGCCUUGCGCGUUGGACGAGACAACCCAUCAAAGACAACAGCGACUACCGGGGCGAAGCAGCGGCAAACCCCUUGGCGACUGGCGUUGAGACAGCGGUGCGCCGCAUGAUCGCCGCGCGCCAGCAGCGGCAGCGCUCGCAGUCACCUAGGCCAAGCCUCCAAAAGGGGAGCCACCACUCAGCGCCCGCGCCGCAGUCAACCGUGCGGGCACCAGUGGCACACCCGCGCAAGCCGCUGCUCUAUGUUGACGUCGAUCUCCCUCAAGGCCAGCGAGACCGCCUUGCCUUGUACACAGGAGACGACGUACAGGACGUAGCGCAGCGCUUCAGCAUCCUGCACGGGCUCAGCGAAUCCCUGUGCCAGCGACUGGAGACCGCGCUGACAGCCGAGCUCUGUGCCCUCUCGGUUGGAAAGGCAGCAUAG